UGUAACUUCAGCAUGGCCCUUUCUCUUCUUCUGACAGAAAUCAUUAAAGUUUGGGACUGUGUGUCUGAGUGCUAUCGCCAAGACCUGGUGCUGAAGAAGGUGGGGCUGGUUUCCUCAUGGUCUUCCCUCAGACCAUGGGGGUUUCCUGAUCCUUCCCCAUCCUGCCUGGCCCUCACCUAACCUAGAGGGCAGAAACAUCCCAGGCAGAUUCUGCAUUUUAGCCAGAGACCCAUUGUGAGUGCAGGCAAGAAGUCAAGCACUGCUUGAGUAGAAGAACAUCGGAUUUCCUCUUUAGAGUCUUCCCCAGGAUGGAUGGAAAGGAGGGAGGCCCAGGCAGUGCUCCUGCACUCCUUGGGCCUUCCCAGGCUCUGGGAGUUUCUCCCAUAUAUCUUUCACUCCAGAUGGUUCCUCACUCCCUCCUCUCCAGGAUCUGCAGGAUCUGGCACUUCUCCAAAGCUUUCCUUGGGGGCUCCAUCUCAGGCCUUGAAGCUGCAGGGGUGGAAAGGCCACAGAUCACCCUUAGCCUUCCCUUCUGUUUGCCCUCUGAUUGCCUGCUUUUGCUUCCAGAGAGUUGGACUGAUGGGCCUGGGUACCAUCCACAUUAUGAAAAGGCCUAUCUGGCAUGGAGAAGGGGAAGGUUUCAUGGCCGACAGUCCAGAGUUCAAUCUGAGCAAGCCCUUUCUGGUGGGGAAGAAGCUCCUCCAUGGGAAAAGCCCCGUGCCUGGGCUCUCCAAAGCAGACGAGUUAAUCUGUGCUGAGGUGGCCUUGCGCCUGCACAAACCCAAGGCCACCAUCGUGACGUGCAUCAAGGCCACGCUAAAGAUCUGUGAGUGGGCCUUGUCCAGUGGCCAGAACUUCGACUUUGUGUUCAAGGACAUUGGCAUCCUGGUCUGCCGGGGAAACCACGUGGUCAUGAGGUUCUUUGAAGACUUGAUCCGGGAGGUGGCUCAGUCACAGUGCCUGGCAGAAGGUUUGCUCCAGUCACCAAAUCUGAAGCCAUUAUUCAUAGGCCACAUGGAAAAGGACAUUUCCCAGAUCCCUCCUGGAGGUGUUUUUGUGCUGCCACACUUUGUGCAGGCAGAUGGGAAGUCCCAGCCACAUCCUAUAAGUGCUUCCCUACAAGGCCCUGGAACCACAAGCAAAACCCGCACCAAGCGCCAAACAACUCCGGGGAACCUUCCCAGCCAACGCCUCUUUCUUCGUCCGUGUCUUUCUCCAAGUCAGAUUUAUGAUGUGAAAGCAAUGGGAAGAGAAAAGAAAAAGAGUGAUGGUGGAGUGCAGAGAGGGAGUUUGCUGCCUCCAGUUGAGAACUCUGUGAAGAAGGGCAGAGACACCAAGGGGAUGGAAGCACCCAAAGCUGGGCUGGCAGCUCCCACCAGGCAGCAAAAACAUGUCCAGUUUCCACCCCUGGCAGAGCAGAAGCGUCUGGGGAGGGCUGCUGCCUUCUGUCCUGGAGGAUUUGAAAGGCUCAGGAAGGAGAGAGCGGCUGCUGUGGCAGGAGUGACUGCUGCUUUGUCCCCAGAGAGAAAGCAGGGGAAGACACCAUCCCCUUGUGGAGGACGACCACAGCCAAGGACUCCACGAGCAAAACAGGUCCUCCUAAAUCGGCAGCCGUACAAAGUUGCCCGGGAACAGUGCAUGAAGGCCUUGCAGAUCAACAAGUUACGGGAAUGGUCCGAUGACAAUUCCCUCGCUCCUGAUCUACCUGAGCUUGGUGAAGCAGCUGGAGGUCAAUGAAGAGAGAAAAGCAGAACUCCAUGGACAUGAGGGCAGCCACACAGCACCAUGGAAAAAGGAAUAAAGACCUAGAAAUCUGUCACUUUGGUGCACGAAUUGCUGCUCCACAAGAGGGAUUGAGCCCCCGGUCAGGGCAACAGUGUUUGGUGAUAUGGGACUGGUAGACAUGGACGACUCCAGCCACAGAAUGCCAGGAAUGGUGAGGUUGGAAGGGACCCCAAGUGACUCAUCUGGUCCUACCUUCUUCCCACUCUAGCAGGGCCAUCCCAGAGCACAUGGUACAGGAUUGUAUCUGGAUGGGUCUGAAAUAUCCCUGGUGAGGGAGACUCCACCCCCUCUCUGAACCACCUGUUCCGGGCUCAAUUCACUGCACAGCAAAGUUCUGUCUCCUGUUCAGAAAGCCGUAACUUUCUGGGCAUCAGUUCCUGCCUAUUCCCCUUGUCCUAUUGCUGGGCCUCCUGGAGCAGAGCUUGGUCCCUGCUCUGAGGCCUCCUUGCAGAUAGGGACAGACAGGGAUGAGGGCCCCUCUCAGCUGUGUCUCC